GAAACGCGUCACAGGAAGCGGUCGGUCUGUCGCGCUUCUCUCUCUAGCUCGUUCUUCCGGCAGCGUGCUCGUCUCUUCAGCGCAUCGUGUGAUCAUCAUGGCGUCUCUAUCGAUGGCCCCCGUCAGCAUCUUCAGUCGCGGUGCGGAUGAGGAGAAGGCCGAGACGGCGCGUCUGUCGUCCUUCAUCGGCGCCAUCGCCAUCGGGGAUCUGGUGAAGAGCACUCUGGGGCCCAAGGGCAUGGACAAGAUCCUGCUGGGCGGCGGCCGGGACAGCAGCGUGACCGUCACCAACGACGGAGCCACCAUCCUGAAGGCCAUCGGUGUCGACAACCCCGCCGCCAAAGUGCUCGUGGACAUGUCUAAGGUGCAGGAUGACGAGGUGGGCGACGGGACGACGUCUGUGACGGUGCUGGCGGCGGAGCUGCUGCGGGAAGCAGAGCUGCUGAUCGCUAAGAAGAUCCAUCCUCAGAUCAUCAUCUCCGGGUGGAGGAAGGCCACUCAGGCAGCGCGCGAGGCGCUCAGGGAGGCGGCGGUGGAUCAUGGGAGCGACGAGCUGAAGUUCCAGCAGGAUCUGAUGAACAUCGCGCGCACCACGCUCUCCUCCAAGCUGCUGACGCACCACAAGGAACACUUCUCCAAGCUGGCGGUGGAGGCCGUGCUCAGACUCAAGGGAUCUGGCAACCUGGAGGCCGUCCACGUCAUCAAGAAGCUGGGAGGCAGCCUGACCGACUCCUACCUGGACGAAGGCUUCCUGCUGGACAAGAGGAUCGGCGUGAACCAGCCCAAGAGGAUCGAGAACGCCAACAUCCUGAUCGCCAACACCGGCAUGGACACGGACAAGAUCAAGGUCUUCGGCUCCAGAGUGCGUGUGGACUCCACAGCUAAAGUGGCCGAGAUCGAGACGGCCGAGAAGGAGAAGAUGAAGGAGAAGGUGGAGCGCAUCCUCAAGCACGGCAUCAACUGCUUCAUUAACAGGUACGCUCGUGUCAUGUGUGUGUGUGUGUGUGUGUGGGGCUCAGGCGGAGAGAUCUCCUCGACCUUUGACCACCCUGAGCUGGUGAAGCUCGGCCGCUGUAAGCUGAUCGAGGAGGUCAUGAUCGGAGAGGACACACUCAUACACUUCUCUGGAGUGGACAUGGGUGAGGCGUGCACCAUCGUCCUGCGCGGGGCGACGCAGCAGAUCCUGGACGAGGCCGAGCGCUCGCUGCACGACGCUCUGUGUGUGCUGGCGCAGACCGUCAAAGAGACGCGCACCGUGUUCGGCGGAGGCUGCUCUGAGAUGCUGAUGGCUAAAGCCGUGUCCGAUCUGGCCAACUGCACGCCAGGAAAAGAGGCUGUGGCCAUGGAGUCCUUCGCUAAAGCCCUGAGGAUGCUGCCCAUCAUCAUCGCUGAUAACGCGGGAUACGACAGCGCCGAGCUGGUGUCUCAGCUGAGAGCCGCUCACCAGGACAACAAGAGCACCUUCGGCCUGGACAUGAGCCAGGGCGCGGUGGGAGACAUGGCAGCACUGGGCAUCACCGAGAGCUUCCAGGUGAAGCGGCAGGUGCUGCUGAGUGCAGCCGAGGCGGCUGAGAUGAUCCUGCGCGUCGACAACAUCAUCAAAGCCGCUCCCAGGAAGCGUGUGCCGGAUCAUCACCCCUGCUGAACACCCAGAGCGGCUCGUGUAUUUAUUUAGUUUCAUAGCUUCAUGUGUGGUCGCACCUCCCAAGCGUCGCUUGUGUCUGAAUGUUACAGCUCUACACGAUGACCUCUGAUCUUUUGUUUACUCAAUAAAACCGUCAUGACUGAC